AUGGCUGCCUGUGGAAGCCUCCAACACAUCUUUGAAAACCCUAAAUUACCUGAGAACCCAACAACACUUCUUGAAUCCUUCUCCUCACCAUGGAACCAAAUCAAGCCUCUUGAUAAAUCAUUAUCCAUUCCUCCUGAGAAUUCUUCAUCCUUCACUGAGAUCUUUGGUGAGCUUCAUUUCAAAGAGAACAUUUGCUCUCAUUUGAUGUCCUCCUCAUCUUCAUCCCCAUCUUUGGUUGAUUUUGAUGCUCCACAGCCCAAGAUUGAAAAAGAAGAAGAAUCCAAUAUUGGCAACAAGAAUGAGGAGGAGAACAAUUACCAGAAAAGCCCAUCAAAGGAAUCCUUUCCGAGCACCCCAAGGAGUUCCAAUUACAACAGAUCUCAUAAAAGCAGUGAUAGCUUUUCAUCAAUGAAUUCAGAGAGCUUGCAGUUCUGCACAGAGGGACUUGGAUUUGAAAGCUCAGAUGAGGUUGAGGACUUGAUCAAGACUAGUGAUCAAGAUAAUAGGCGGAUUAAUAUGCAAGAGGAGAAGGUUAGCUUUGCAAAGCAAUAUUUUCCAAUAUCAGAAAUGAAUGGUUGUGGUGGUGAAUCUAGGAGGUCAAGGACUAGUGUUGGGGGAUUUCCUCCACCAAUUUCUUGUAUAAGCAAGAGCGGGAAGCCUUGGGUUUGCUUCAAGUCUUACAGGCAGGAUGGCAGAUUUGUCCUCAAAGAGAUCAGAAUUCCCACCCAGGAGUUCCUCCACGCUUACAGAGAAGACGGGCGUCUCAAGCUUCACUUUGUCAUGCCCGACGACGAAAUUCUAGACGAGGAUGAGGAAGAUGAUGAUGUAUUAGAUGAUGAGGAAGAAGAAGAGGAAAUUGAAGAUGAUGAUGACCACCAAGAUCAUCUACAUGCAGAUGAUGCUAAUGGAAUAAAUGAGGGAAAUGAGCCCAAGACAACAAAUGAUGAGGUACUGUGA